AGGGGGCGGGUCCUGCGACCGGAAGCCGGUAGCCGGAAGCCGGAAGGGGGGCCGUGAGGACGUGUUCCAAGGAAGCCAGGGCCGGACCCGGCGGGGCCGGCGACAUGGAGCCGCUGUACCAGCAAACGCACAAGCAGGUCCACGAGAUCCAGUCUCACAUGGGACGCCUGGAGACCGCGGACAAGCAGUCUCUGCACCUAGUAGAAAACGAAAUCCAAGCAAGCAUUGACCAGAUAUUCAGCCAUCUAGAACGUCUGGAGAUUCUGUCCAGCAAGGAGCCCCCGAACAAAAGACAGAAUGCCAAACUUCGUGUUGACCAGUUAAAGUAUGAUGUCCAGCACCUGCAGACUGCUCUCAGAAACUUCCAGCAUCGGCGAUACGCAAGGGAGCAGCAGGAGAGACAGCGAGAGGAACUUCUGUCUCGAACCUUCACCACUAACGACUCUGACACGACCAUCCCAAUGGAUAGCUCGCUGCAUUUCAACUCCUCCCUCCAGAAAAUUCACCAUGGCAUGGACGACCUCAUCGGAGGCGGGCACAGUAUUCUGGACGGACUGAGGGCCCAGAGACUGACCUUGAAGGGGACUCAGAAGAAGAUCCUUGACAUUGCCAACAUGCUGGGCUUGUCCAACACCGUGAUGCGGCUCACUGAGAAGCGGGCUUUCCAGGACAAGUACUUCAUGAUCGGUGGCAUGCUUCUCACCUGUGUGGUCAUGUUCCUCGUGGUGCAGUACCUGACAUGAGCCAGCCCCGCCCCGCGGCUGAGCGUCGUUCCCACCGUGCGAGAGUCUGUGUGAGUGUGUGUGCGUGAAAGAGAGAGGGGGGCCCAGAGGCUGCCUUCUUAAAUGUAUGCCCUUCUUAACUGUGAAGACCACUGGGAGUCAUCGUGAUCUGUAACGUAGCAGGCGUUUCAGACCUGCUCUGUUUCCUGUAACACCUUGGAGGGGAAGCGAAUGCUACCAAGAUGCAUGGUCCUAAGGAAAUGAGAGUAUCUCCUCUCUCUCUCGCUCUCGCUCUGUCUCGCCCUCUCUCGCCCUCACUAGGGGUGGAAGUGAUGUAAGGGUAAGGGGUGAAGAAAGAAGAGGGAGGGAAAGAAUGGUUUUGCUGUUCUUGUCCACGUAGCUGAUGCUCGCCCAGGGAAGGCUUUCAAUAGCGAGCCUUGCACAUAGGACCAUUCACUUUGGCAUCAUUUGGCCUCUCUGGCUCCUCGCGGAUAACCCAGCGCAGAAGCCAAAAGGAGGGGAAAGAGGCCUGCUUUCCUGCGUCAUUAUAACAGAUGGAUUUCCAUGGUCUUGUGCCCCCUCCCCCCAGUGACAUGCAGAUGACUAAUUGCUGGUACUUGUCACCCUUCCCUGGAAGCCACUACCUAGAGGAAGCAGAGGCACCGAUGCCACUGCAGACAGCGAGUAAGAUUUUCCACAUUAGGGCCGUUGGGUGUUUCUCCUUCUAAAGCGAGGCCAGUGUUAUUCCCUGAGUGUUCAGUCUUGAGGCUGAAGACCCCCAUCACUGAUUUUUUUCCCAGUGGUGAACAGAAUGAUUGGCUUCUGUGGUUCUAGGACUGGCCUGGCAUCCUGCCUGGGCUCUGGUGGGCCUUUGGCCCGGAGAACAUUGCCGUGAUGUGUCCAUUACAGAAUCUCCUCUA